AUGGGCCGACAAGCUUAUCUGGACAAGAUCGCAUUCGGACGGUCGGCCUUUGAGCCCACACAAUCCGCCUCGCAGUCGACAGAAUACGUUCAACUUGAGUCGUCGCAAGCUGAAAUCCCACGGCGUUACCACGAGGCCACGGCCAACAACUACCUUAGAGGCGCUCAGAACGAUGUGCUGGCAUCCGUCGGCGUAGUCGAGAGGAGACACUCUCCUGCUGAGGGGUUUCCGGGACCCAGUGAAGAGCGCCUCGAGCUGCUCGAGGCUGAGGAUACAGUUGGAAAUGCCAUGGCAUUGGUUACCACGCUUACGGAGAAUCUGUGUACGUGGUGGACAUUUCGCUAUCCCCAUGUCCUCACCUUUGGCCAGAUCGCGGCUUCCGAGCAUGCCUUCUCUGGCGCUUCGAUGGUCUAUGCUGGCUUCGCCCCCCGCGUGUUUGCGACCAUGAACACCCAAGCGAUCGUGUAUAGCACCUUUGUCUAUCAACCCGUGGAGCGUUUGCUGUAUGCAACACGUGCAAGCGCAAAGACACGGAACUUGUUCCGACGAGCCAAGACAGUCAUCAAAUCUAGUUUUCGCUUGGGCCUUGAGGUUCUGUUCUACCCGUUCUUCUACCACGCCGCUUUGCAACGCCUUGGGCUGGUCCCCGCUCGCCCACUGCUGCCAACCUGGACAAGUCUCAUUCCCUACUCAAGCUCAUCGCCUCUACUGCCAUCCUCCUUGCAAUACAAUGCCUUCAACUCCAUCACGGACUGUAUUGGAGCAGUACUGGCUUCGCCCGUUAUUCUUUUAUGUGCUGAACACUCAAUCGAACGCUGGAUCUACGCUUGUGUCUAUGAAGCAGUCGAGACAGCCAUCAUCCGUCCUGACAAGCCCGACAUACCCAGUCGAGACGCCAAUGGGAAAGACCGUGCUUUGACCGUUCUUGGGCUGCGACGGGAGUCACCACUUCUGAUUCGCAAUGCCAUUCACAGGCUACUUGCAAUGCUCGGCUGGGCGCUACCGAGUUCGCCGCCGAACACGCAACGGAAGCGGACUAUCGAGCUUGCAACCACAAUUACUCCAAAUGACGGCGAGAUAAUGCAAGUCGGUAGUACUCAGGUUACCAACGCUACCCCACUGAAUCUUCCCACCCUCCAGCCCCAAGAUCAGCCUGCUACAGAGCCGCUCGAUGCAGAUGUAAUCACAAUUCCAAUAGAUGCGUUCCAGGAUUUGAUACGAUCCACGACUCCACCAGGAUCACCAACAGAAUCAGAGCAAAACGAGAACGACCCUCGGAUACGCAUCACUUCAAGGGAAGGUAUCGUAGAAAUGGAAGUGCGUUUACCGCCUAGAAUACUUUCCACUCACACGGACGUCGCAGAAGCCUCGGGUUCCUCGCGAGAGGAUGCAGCCGCUGAGUCGCGGAACCGAGCACGCUCAACAGCCGGCCAUGUAUACCACCGCGUCACUCAACUCUCGUGUGAGCCUGCACAGAUGAUCAGUGCAAUGGUGAGAGCUCAGCUUGUCGGUCUUGCCAUGCUUCCGUUUAGGAUGGUCACUUUGCGAGCGAUUGCUUCACACUAUCUGGCCAACCAAGGCGGGUAUGCGGGGUCGUAUCGCGUUGUAGGUCCACUGGGACUCCACAACGAUGUAAGCUGGCAGAACAUUGGUAACCAGCUCUCACGCGUAGCGCUCUGUGGUGCAUUGGAAUUAUCUAUCGAUCUUGGCUUGUGGGGACUGCAAUAUCUGGCCAUCACAAAGUUUGGGCAGAGUGUCUUCGGAUGGGGUACACUAUAA